UAUUUAAAUUUGAUAAUAGAACGUUGUAUGCAACGAUAUACGACUAGUAUAUACACAUUAAAUGGCUUGUGAAUUUAACUCGAAAGCUUUCUGAUUCGGAUACCUUGAAGUCGAAAAAUGUCUUCUAAGCAGCCCGAGCUAUCCACAGUGGAAGUAGAGGAAAUGAAGAAAUGGUUCGUGUACUUCGACAAGGACAAAAAUGGGAUGCUUGACCAAAACGAGUUUAAACGUGCCGUUCAAGCGAUGUGCUGGGAUUUCUCUGAUGAGGAAUUUGAAGAUCUCUUUACGAAGGCCGAUACUGACAAAAAUGGAUUCAUCGAUUAUGAGGAAUACUGGACGUUGCUGCAGAGUUGUCGGAAGAACGUACAGCUGGAGAAACUCGAAUUAAAGGAAUCAUUCAGGGUGUUGGAUAAGGAAAAGAAAGGGAUGCUUGAAAGGAAGAAAUUGAGAAAAUUUCUUCUCAACACCAGUGGCAUAGAUGUUAUUACGCUUGAUAAGCUGUUAUCAAUAGCUGACACACGGGACACUGGAUCUAUUAAUAUUGACGAGUUUGUCGAAUUGAUGACUUCACCUCCGGACCAACAAGCAAAAGCCACCAAGUGAGAAUAAGAAUAGAGCAAACCGCGCAAAAGACAUGGCCACCACGAUACGUGAAAUUGUGCUAUAUUUUCAUUUCGCAAUAUCAAUGAUAUGCGGUCUUUAAAUAACCAAAUCUGU